AUGGAUCAUAAGGAAGAGCAAGAACAAGAAUUAGAAGUGUUGAAAUCGAUUUAUCCAGAAGAAUUUGAGGAAAUUUCGGAAGGAGAAUUUCGUAUUCGACUCGAACCUGAAGAACAAGAUAGUACAACACCGCGUAAGGCACAAGAUUCAUUGGGGAUGGCAAUGGUGUUUACAUUAUCAUCAUUACUUAAAGAUUUACUGACAUCAUUUGUGAUAGAAAGAAGGGAAAAGAGAAAGAAAGUAGAAGAGGAUAAAAUUAGGAAAGAAAUUGAGGCAGAACAAGCAAAAUUUCAAGGAACAAAAGUUACGGUUGCAUCAUUUUUGGAAUGGAAGGAAAAUUUUGAUAAAGAAUUAGAAGAAAAAGAAAAAGCAACUAAAAGUUUAGCUGCUAUAAAGAAAGAAGAAGCUAAAAAAUUAAAACUCACGGGAAGACAAUUAUUUGAACAAGAUGAAUCUCUUGCUAAAUCAGAUAUGACAUAUAUGGAGGAAGGAGAUGUUACGGUUGAUGUUUCAUUGUUUGAAAGGGAAGAGGAUAUGAGUGAUGAAGAAGAAGAAGACAAUAGUGUACUUGAUUUGGUCGAUUUAUGA